CUCUCUAUGAUUACACAAAAUUCAUCAUCAGAUCUCACAACACUCGACAUUCAAGAUGCAAGCAGCUUCGUUCCUCGCACCACCCCUCCUUCCGGUGACCCCAUCCAAGAACCUCUCUAAGCCCUUAGCUUUGCCUUCCAAGCUCUCAUCUUCAGUCUCAUCUCGAGUCUCCCCGGUAAAAGCUUCUCCGGAGGCCUAUGAAGCUGCGACAGUCGAUUACAGCUCCACAAUCUCAGUCUUCCCAGCAGAAGCCUGUGAAACCAUCGGUGGUGAAGCAUGCUCGGCAGACAUAUACCCCGAAGUGAAGCUCAAUCCGGAGGCCCAAAUCAACACGGAGAUGCAGGCCGCAGAGGCCUUCGAGAGGGAGUAUCUCGAAUACAGCGGGCCGAAAACGGUUUUCCCAGCAGAGGCUUGCGACGAUCUCGGCGGCGAGUUCUGCGAACGUCCAUACCAGAGAGGUGUUUACUAGAAUCAAUCAUGAGGGCCAAACUCUGCAACAAAAGAGGGAGUUCCGAAUCGUGGAUAUAUAUGUGUGUAGAUAGUUACUGUGAUGUAUGGGUGUAAAGAACAUACUAAAUCGUCGGGGCUUCUAUCGCGCUGCGGGGUUAAAAGUAUGGACAUUUCUUGUGGGUUGUUUCGCCGGUUUCGUGGCGUGUAAACCUAGAAUUCUCACGACUUAUCGAAUCGAAUUCGCUGACAUGGAAGGA